CUGCUGCUGUUGUCUGUGUGAGGAGCUGCUGUUCAACUCGAAGAACGUUUUAAAAUUUUACAACAACUUAUAAAAUGGACGACGACGUUGCUGCUUUAGUUGUUGAUAAUGGAUCAGGUAUGUGCAAAGCUGGUUUCGCCGGCGACGAUGCACCAAGAGCUGUUUUCCCCUCCAUCGUCGGUCGUCCUCGCCAUCAAGGUGUGAUGGUUGGUAUGGGCCAGAAGGAUUCGUAUGUUGGCGACGAGGCCCAAAGCAAAAGAGGUAUCCUUACCUUGAAAUACCCCAUCGAACACGGCAUCGUCACAAACUGGGACGAUAUGGAAAAGGUAGGUUGUAAUCGAGUUUUGAUCGUUUCUGCUGUAUAGUACUGUGUGCUUCCUUGAGAUUUGAAUGUGAACGCCCUGUUAAAUCGUGCUUUGUUCUCGCCUAGAUCUGGCAUCAUACCUUCUACAACGAACUUCGAGUUGCUCCCGAAGAACACCCCGUUUUAUUGACAGAAGCCCCACUUAACCCCAAGGCCAACAGAGAGAAGAUGACACAGGUACGUUUCUGUUUUAUUAUUUACAUAAAUAUAGCGGCAUAUAACGUUGUCUAAAAUGUGUAACUUGAAUUAUACUGUGGGACGCCCACAUUUCUAGUAUAUUCUGUCCAAACUCGUGCUUAAAACUUCGAUUCCCGAAAAUAUAUCGUAAAAUUUGAGAAUCUUUGUUUACCAUUUAGAAUUGGUUAGAAAGUCGCAAUUCAAGCAUUAGAAUCGAUCGGAAAGUCGCAAUUAUCGAUGCGAAAGUCGCAAUUUAGCAUGAACGUGCAUUCUAAUUAAAUACCUGAGACGGAUUAUUGCGAAAUUGUGCCAAAGACGAGUAGGCGUGUUCAUUUGAGAGUCUGUUUGUUCCUGCUUUGUGCGCGGUUUUAAAAAGGCUUUUAGUGCAAAAAUUGUGCAGCAAAUGAGUAAAGAUUUUAAUCAGUGGGUUAAAGUUGUAAUCUUUGAUAUAAAAUAUUAAUUCUGUUUAUCUUUAUAGAUCAUGUUUGAAACCUUCAACACCCCAGCUAUGUAUGUAGCCAUUCAGGCUGUGUUGUCCCUGUAUGCUUCUGGUCGUACCACAGGAAUCGUGUUCGACAGUGGUGAUGGUGUCUCCCACACUGUACCAAUUUAUGAAGGUUAUGCCUUGCCUCACGCCAUCCUUCGUCUUGAUUUGGCCGGCCGUGAUCUUACUGAUUACCUGAUGAAAAUCUUGACGGAGAGAGGUUACUCAUUCACCACAACCGCUGAACGAGAAAUCGUCCGUGAUAUCAAAGAGAAAUUGGCCUAUGUAGCAUUGGACUUUGAACAAGAAAUGGACACUGCUGCAAGCAGUUCUAGCUUGGAGAAGGCCUAUGAGCUUCCUGACGGUCAAGUUAUCACUGUUGGUAAUGAGCGAUUCCGAUGCCCAGAAGCACUCUUCCAACCAUCAUUCCUCGGAAUGGAAUCUGCUGGUAUCCAUGAAACCUGCUACAACUCCAUCAUGAAAUGCGACGUUGAUAUCAGGAAAGAUCUGUAUGCUAACACCGUGUUGUCUGGUGGUUCUACUAUGUUCCCUGGUAUUGCCGACAGAAUGCAGAAAGAAAUCACUGCUCUCGCUCCACCUACAAUGAAAAUCAAGGUGAUUGCUCCGCCAGAAAGGAAAUACUCUGUCUGGAUCGGUGGCUCCAUCCUGGCUUCCCUCUCGACCUUCCAACAAAUGUGGAUCUCGAAACAGGAAUACGACGAAUCUGGCCCAUCAAUUGUCCACAGGAAAUGCUUCUAAAAUAUCGGACUAUCUGCAGCAAAAACACUGACUGUCGUUCAAAUUUUUGCCACUUUAUCGGUGUGUAUGUGUGCACUACAAGUAGCAUUAAAUUGAACUUUAAAAUAGGAAGAAAAAGCUUUUGUAGAGUGAAACGUGUGACUUGUAUUCAUUUUGUAAUUAAAUUCUUGUAGGAACAAAUUAAAAAAAUUCUAUUUAUCAAAA